AUGUUGUCUCUUGUUUUCACAGGAGAGGCCAGCUUGUUGUUCAACAAUGCUGGAGAUGCUCCUGAUUCUGGAGCUCUGGACCAAGAUGAGAAACCACAGGAUCUGCCUGAUGUUAAGAAGACGAUUAAAGAAGAAGUUCCUGAAGACCACAAACCUUAUGCUAUUAAGCCUGACCCAGAGGCCGUCCACAUAAAGGAGGAACUGGAGGAAGUCUGCACCAGUCCAGUGGGAGAUCAGCUCAGUUUCAAAGAGGGGAUUGAUGCCACAAAGUUUCCAAAAACUGCUAAUCCCCUAAAGAGUGAAGAAAAUAAACAUUCCUCUGAUGUUCAACAGCCUUAUCAAGGCCACAUUAAAGGCAGAGAGAUUCCAGAAGAGAAUGAUGGAGAAGAAUCUAUGAGGAUAGAAGAUCAUGCAGAUAGGUCAUUUUCCUCAGAGACUGAAGAUGUUAAUCAGUCCAUGUUUGAACCAAAACACCUAUUAGCAACUGGAAUGAAAACAAAGGACCUGGACUUUCACUGGAAGAAGGUGACAGCUUCUGAUUCACAUGGACACAUGGCCAACAGACCGUCUGACUCCUCUGACUUUACUCAACAAUUAGUUCAAAAUCUUCAGAAAGGCAUGAGACAUCCAGAAAUAGGCUCUUCAAGCUCAGUGGAUAAUAUUGAAUUUUUUACAAUGAAGAAAAAUGUAGGCUCACAAAGAAAUGUCCUUAAAAGGCUGAAGACCUGCUGUGAAGACUCUAGUAAAAAAUUUACUGAAAAAGAAAAAUUAAAAAUACAUAAGAGAAUUUACACAGGUGAAAAACUUUUCGGUUGUGACUUAUGUGGAAAGAAAUUUAGCCAGAAAGGACAUUUUAACUUACACAAAAUGAUCCACACUGGAGACAAACCUUUCUGUUGUGACCUAUGUGGACAGAGAUUUACCGGGAAAGAAAGUUUAAGCAGACACAUGAUGAUCCAUGCAGAAGACAAACCUUUCAGUUGUGACCUAUGUGGACAGAGAUUUAGGCACAAAAGAAAUAUUAACAGGCACAUGAGGAUCCAUGCAGAAGACGAACCUUUCUGUUGUGACUUAUGUGGGCAGAAAUUUAGGAAGAAAGGAAGUUUCAACACACACAUUAGGAUCCACACAGGAGACAAACCUUUCUGUUGUGACCUAUGUGGAAAGAGAUUUAGACAUAAAGGAACUUUCAACAGACACAUGACGAUCCACUCGGAAGACAAACCUUUCUGUUGUGACGUAUGUGAGCAGAGAUUUGGCCACAAAGGACAUUUAAACUCCCACAUGAUGAGCCACACAGGAGAAAAACCUUUCUGUUGUGACCUAUGUGGAAAGAGAUUUAGCAAAAAAGGAAAUUUAAACCAACAUAUGAUGAUCCACAAAGACAAACCUUUCUGUUGUGACCUAUGUGGGCAACGAUUUAGGCAGAAAAGCGGUUUAAAAUCCCACAUGAUGAUCCACACAGGGGAUAAACCUUUCUGUUGUGACAUAUGUGGACAGACAUUUAGCAAGAAACAGAGUUUAAAAUUACACAUGAUGAUCCACACAGGAGAUAAACCUUUCUGUUGCGACCUGUGUGGGAAGAGAUUUCGGCACAAAGUACGUUUAAACUCACACAUGAGGGUCCAUGCAGGAGACAAACCUUUCUGUUGUUACUUAUGUGGACGUAGAUAUAGAGAGAAAGGAAGUUUAAACAGACACCUGAUGAUCCACGCUGGAGUCAAACCUUUCUGUUGUGAUAUAUGUGGGAAAAGAUUUAGGGAGAAAGGAAGAUUAAACUCACACAUGAUAAUCCACACAGGAGACAAACCUUUCCUUUGUGACCUAUGCGGAAAGAUGUUUGGCUUGAAAGGAAACUUUAAAUCACACAUGAAGAUCCAUGCUGAAGAAAAAAAAACACUAACUGCUGCACAGAUUCAGAGUGAGGACGUAACCAGUACUGCUAACAUAGCAUUAAAGUGAAUUGAUCAAUUUGUAUGAUAUUAAUCAAAUGGGCAUGAUAUGGCUUAUCAGAUACUAAUAUGUUUUGAGUGUUAUUUGCAAAGUUGUGUGCUCUCUUUCAUCCCCUGACUUUGGAACUGGCUUGGAGCUUUGUCUGCGUUACUGUAUUUUUCCUGGCCUGGGUCACCUGCGGAGCUUGUUAACAGUUCUAUAUCUGCUUUGUUUUGUGUGUGAGCUUCUGUUUCCUUAAACCAAAGCUGGUCCCAGCAGAAGGCAUCUCACACUGGUCCUGGUUCUGCUUGAAGUUUCUUCCUGUUAAAGGGAGUAUUUUCUCUCCACUGUCGCUGCAUACAUGCUUGGUGUGAAGGAUUACUGAAGAGUCCUAUACAAGUGCAAGCGAAAAAUUGUCGCCGUAACUUCAUUCAGGAUGAGCAGGUCUUGCAAGUCAAUGACUUGAUGCAUUCAGCUGAUUUUCCAUGAUAUAAAUCAGGGUUGGGCAAUAAUUUUUUCCAAUGGGCAACAUGAGAGACAGAAAAUGUGGAGGACCAGACCAAAAGACUUGAACUCAAUCAUGCAUAUUAAUUGUAUUUCUUUAUAAAAAGCAUUGGUUUGACAAUUGUAUAUGUUAAGAUUAAGCAAUGAAAAAUCGAGGUUGCCUCACAAAAAAUGUAAUUUAUUCAUUCAAAUUAACCAAAACAUUAAAAAACAAAAUGUGAACAUUUUAUACCAUUUGUUGAUCUUGGUUUUGGUUGCUGCAUUCCUGGAUGUGUGAAGCUUGGUAAAAAAAAGCAUUGCUGCUUUUACAGCUAAACUAGCAAAGCUUCCAAUGCCCACGGCCUUUCAGCAUCAUUCAAGUUUCUGUGGUUCUCUGCAUGUUUCGUCUGUUGUAGUCCUUAAACAUGGCGAUCUGCUCGCCGCAAACUAGAUGCACAGCUUUUCCUCUGACUUUUAUAAGUAAAUACUUAGCUGUCCAAUUCUUGUUGAAAACUCUGAAUUUGUUAUAUAGCUGUGAGGGACCGAGCCAAAAAAAAAAAAAAAAUCAGAGAAGCACAGGAAAGUCAUUGAUGAAAAAAUGGUAACAAAUUUAUUUAACAAAAAAUAAAGUUCAAACUUCUAACAAGACAGGGCCCAUCAAGGAAAACCAAAGACAAAAGUCAGCAUAAUCCAAACCUGACACAGGAAAAGAUCUACUCAACUAACACACAAGGGAAACAUAUAUAAACACUGGUUGAUCAGACCAUUUUAAAACAAGAGGGAAACAUAAAAUAAAUUUUCCUAAACAAAACUACAACAAAAGACCAAACUAAUCAGCACCAUACUAAAUCAACAACCUAUGAGGAAGAGGACUUCAAUAUUAAACUUUCCAAAUUUUAUUAUAGAAAACAAAACCAAAUAAAGAAACUUAAACCCUUUCUACACCCCUUCUAAAAGUAAGUGGAAGAGUCCAACUAGGCCUCCAUGUCAAUGAGGAGAUACUUUGCAGCUGGGGCCUCCUUUCCUUUACUGGCUUCACUCAUGGCAGCCUCCCAGGAACUGGCAACUCAAAUGAAAAAUAUAUUGAAGUGCAGAAAACCAAACAAACAAGAAAUGACAAAAUGAGCCAACUGAAUGUGUGCACCCAAAUAGUUAACCAAUGCCAAAUCAAACUAAAAAAAUAAAUAAACUACAGUACAGUAAAAUAUAAGAUUUAAUGAAAGAAUUACCAGAUCAUUUGUUGUGUGGUUGCACAUGCGGCCAUCACAAUAGCGUUCUUUUUUUUUUUCAGGGCAAAAUAAAAGCAAAGCAGCCUCAGUCCAUUCAUUAGAUGAAUAUGUUUAUUUUGAAAUUUCCAAUUAACUUUAGACAGGCCAUAUGCAUUACAAUGCCCAUACCUCGUGGGCUGCACAGGAUCCUGUACAAUGCCCAGGUCUGAUAUAAACUUUUUACCAAUCUGAAUGUAUUGUCUCUGUAUUGUGCCUUGAGACAAAAUGUGUUAUGAAUUGGUGCUAUAUCAAUAAACUGAAUUAAAUAAAAGACUCUUAAACCUUGAACCUUAACUCCCUAGAUUUUGAUCACACCUGUGUGUAAUUCAUGCUUUGAUUUGUUUUGUUCCUUUUUGUAAAUAAAACCUUCCUUUUUCUGACAUGCAUAGGAAACCCAUUCCUCAAGCUCGUGCUCCAUCCUCCAGAGCUCAAUUUCAUGCAUCUAACAGUUACAGAUAAAAUGUUACUAAAGCAGGAAGAGACACACAGCUGUUAACCGCUGAUAAAACACUAAAAAGUUCUGUUCAAUCUUCAUCUGACUAAGGCUACGUUCAUACUGAAGGCAUUAAUGCUCAAUUCCAAUUUUUUUGUGAAAUACAAUUCUUUUGCGUGGUUCCCAUUUCAAAAUAUAUGCGACUUUCAUGUGAUCUCUUGUGUGAACUUCAUUCAUUCAUCUCUCGAUGCGCAGUAGACGAUGCAAUGACGUCACAAGUGAGCAUGCUCUGUUUAACAAAGCAAACAUGGAUGGUAGUGCUGGAGCGCAUCUUUCCCAACCUCAGCCUGUGCAUUAACCACACAAUCUUUUCCAGAUGGUUGGAAAUAA